AUGCUUAAACACACAGUCCUCACCAUUGCAUUGUUGGCCUGCCUGGUUGUAAACUCCACAAGCUACGACAAAUAUGCGAUCAAUUUUUAUCCCGGAAAUCGAAACGAUGAGCCUGCGAAUACAGAACCUUUUAUCAAGAUUAACGAUGGCUAUUAUUACUUUGGCAUGGAUGGAUCCAAUUGGUACGUGGCUUAUGAGAAAUGUCGUGCAUUAAAGUCGGAAUUGGUAACAUUCGAUACGGCGGAGGAGUUCGAAGCCAUUGCCAACUAUUUAAAAGCUCGUGGCGACAAAAAUAGUUAUUGGACAUCGGGCAAUGAUUUGGGACGGGAGGGCACAUACAAUUGGUUCACCACUGGACAAAAAUUCACCAUCUCUAAAUGGGCUCCUGGCCAACCUGACAAUUAUAAAGGACUCGAACAUUGUAUUCAUAUGGGUUAUAUUUGGAAAUCCUCAACUGAUUUUGAAUUGGACGAUCGUCCAUGUUCCAAUGACAAGAAUAGUCUCUUCCACUACAUAUGCGAGGCACCUCAACAGGAAACAAUCUCGUUGGUUGUGUGGAAAUAAUUGACUGGUGGUAUCUUUCUUUAUA